GUUAUGUUCUACAGUCUAUGGUAAUAUGGCGGUAGCGACAUGUUGCUGACAAUUUGAUAUGGGAUGGGCGUCAUUUUAAACGAAUGUAGCUCUUUUUUUCUCAAUAGUGAUAAUGAAUACUGAUAUCACGGCAAAUAAAUAUGGCGAUCAAUUAAUGUUAAAAUCGUUUACCUUUAAGUUACGACAGGUUUCAUCGAAAUUUAUAGAGAGAAAGUGUUCAUUUUGUUACGUCGGCCUGUCAAUAGUUAAUUCUCGUGGUGUAGAUAUCGUGUUGUUUAGGCUUUAAAAUUUCAAAGCUAUAGUUUCGAUAAUAUAGUGCACCUCAUAAAUGUCAAAAUGGCCCGGGAAUAUGACCAUUUAUUUAAGCUGUUAAUGAUAGGAGAUAGUGGAGUAGGUAAGAGUUCCCUUCUCCUGAGAUUUGCAGACAAUACUUUCAAUGGCAGUUAUAUAACUACAAUAGGAGUGGACUUUAAAAUACAAACUGUAGAAAUAGACGGUGAGAGAGUAAAGCUGCAAAUUUGGGAUACAGCUGGACAAGAACGAUUUCGGACAAUAACUUCAACUUACUACAGGGGAACUCAUGGCGUUAUAGUUGUAUACGAUGUGACCAGUGGUGACUCAUUUGCAAAUGUUAAACGGUGGUUACACGAAAUAGAGGAAAAUUGUGACGUUGUUAACAGGGUACUUGUAGGAAAUAAGAACGAUGCGCCUAAUCAGAAAGUAGUGCUUACGGAAGAUGCACAAAGGUUUGCCAAUCAAAUGGGAAUUCAACUAUUUGAAACAUCUGCUAAGAAUAAUAUCAAUGUUGAAGAGAUGUUUAUGGCAAUAACACGGCAAGUAUUACGGACCAAAAGAGAACGGAAUGAGCGUCAAGCUAUACAAACGAAUGAAACAGUUAAUUUGAGAAAAAAUACAAAACAGCAUAGGAAAAAAUGUUGUUAACAGCACCACAAAAUCGUGCAAACUGUUAAUAAUAUUAUUUUAUACAAUAAUAGGAUAGAGAGAAAAAAGAGAGAGAGAGAGAGAGAGAGAGAGAGAGAGAAUACAAUAGUGAGUCCAUGUUUGUAAAAUAGCGAACAUGAGAUGCCAUACACCUUGAUAUUUUCUAAAAUCAUCAAAUUUUGUACCGCGAUUAUGAAAUUUAAGAUUGCUUCCUAAUGAAAUUUAACUUUGAACUGUAUUUACAUUCAAAGCUUGAAAUUUCCUGAGCAAUAUAUAGCUUAUUCAGCCAAAGUGACUCUGCAUGGUAUUCUAUACGUUUUUAUUCGUACAAGAAUACUAUUUGACGCUGUAAUAAGAACAAAGUUUAUUUAUUUUAUAAGAUCUACAGAGAAAAAUAUUAGCGAAAGAGAAAACGGAAAUUUUUAUUCCUCUUUUACAUUCCUUGGAAAUAAAAUUGGACAUUUUUAAUGAAAUAUGAAAAAGUAUAUUUAAAAAAUAUAAAUUUCAUGUAAAAAUUAACUUAUCAUUUUAUUGGCUGAAAUACUUGAGUUUUAUAAAGCAAAUUCGAUUUGUUAAUAGUAUUCAGAAGACAAUUCUAUUUUAUGUAAUAUGUUACUCUCUAAUUCUAGUAAAUGAUCAUUAAUGUUUAACGAAGUAUCAAUAACUUUCAAAUGGUUUGCUUCAAAAAUAUAGUUUUAAAAUCGGUAAUUGUUUCUUUAAGUUUAAUUUAAAUAUUGAAUUGAAAUGUGAAUCAUCAUUCGAAUUAGUUGUCAUACCGCACAAAGAAGAUAGUUAUACGAAGCAGAAGUUUGACAUUAAUUUGGUAUUUCGUAUUCUAUCUAAACUACAAUAAAAUACAUAAAGCUAAUUCGAAUAUUUAUCCUGAAAGAAUAAGCUUAUCAUCAACCUCAUAUUAAUUUUUUAUCUCAAAAUUAUAAUAUUGUUAUAGAUUUAGUUGCUUCCUUUACAGUUAUUUUUAAUUGUAUGCUAUGAAAUAGUGAAAAAUACGAGUGUUAAAUGUUGCUUGGAAAAGUCCAAGAAUUAUUAUUCAUUUGUAUUUUUGAAAAUGAAAUGAGAUUGCAUGUAAAUUGAAGUUAUACCAAAUUAUGUAUAAAGCGAUGAAGCGCUAAAUAAUUCCCUUGCCCAUACAUUUUUGUCCUUGUCUGCGUUACUUUUUCAUGUUAUGUUUCUUAUAUUACCUUAUUGACAUCAUUGAAAAAAUAGAAGAAGAGAUAUUCGAAAACAAUUGUCUUUUCUUUUAAGCUUUCGCGUGAAUUUGUAUGCGAAUUUUUAAUAUCAAUAAUUAAUUAUAUCUAGCCUGUUUAUAAAAAUAUCGUAUUUUGCUAAAAUAUGAAUAGGAAAAUAUAAAUACAAUAACGAUAUUAACCGUUUAAGUAUCAUGGGCCACUUUUGCGUUAUUCAAAUUUCUGGUCGAAAAAACCCAGCGUAUUUCGUCGAUAAAGACAACUGAUGGCACGCUCUCAGAUUGCGGACCCAUAAUUAAAAAUGUGCAAUUGUGCUCUUCAGCUUUUUUCGACAUUUAAUUGAUGAAGCAUUAUCGCACUACUCAGCUUUUUUCAAUCGUGUUUUUUGAAAACUUUGCGGUAUGCAAACGGUUAAUAUACUUUCUAAAAUAUCUCGUAUUGUGAUAUUAUAUUCUUUUAAAUAAUAUGUUUUGCAUGAAUUAUUAUAAAGAAAGAAAAGUUAAACGAAUGGCAUGUCUUGUUCUUAUAUUAUUUGUAUACGAACGCGUGAUUAGUUAGAAUUCUGUGUUCUCUGUGUUAAUGCAAUAUGGACAUUAACAAUAUGGACUUAUAAAUAUAAUUGAAGAAAACGUGUUAUUAUAUAGUCAUAUUUCGUGAAAUCAUUCGAAAAUGUAAAUAAAUUAUAAGAACAAUAUACGAUAUAUUUAUGUUA